AACGCAUACGAAACACGUUCGCCCCGCCUACCCAACCCCACAAACCAAUCAAAACCACCCAGGAACUGUCAAUCAAACCAACGUUUGUAGCUGGGCUAGCGUUUGAGUUAAGAAAACAGGCAUUAAUUUAGAAUUUUCUGAGUUCAUGUAAUGGGUGGUGUAAAGCAAGAACAAACUGAUGCUCCUGCAUCUAAAGAUUCGCAACACAUAGACACCGCACAAGAGGAGAACCAAUCGACUUCACAGCCUGUAAAGAAGCGAGGCUGGCCAAAAGGGAAGAAGAGAAAGAAGGUGUUACCGAAUGGCCCCAAGGCUCCGGUUACUGGCUACGUGCGUUUCUUGAAUGAGAGACGGGAACACAUCCGAGCACUUCAUCCGGAUCUUCCCUUCCCAGAAAUCACCAAGAGACUCGGAGCAGAAUGGAGCCGCCUGGCUCCUCAUGAUAAACAGCGGUACCUAGACGAAGCCGAAAGGGACAAAAUGCAGUAUGCACGAGAACUCAGGGAGUAUCAAAAAAGUGAAGCUUAUCAGAUCACAUGUGCAAAAGUUCAGGAUAAGAGAAUUAAGAGAGAGGAGUUGACUUCUGUCAUUAUAAACGCCAACAGUUCAGGAUCUGCAGGUUUUAAGACUCAGAACUCAGACUUAACUGCCAGAUUUGACGUCCCUAUUUUCACAGAAGAAUUUUUAGACCAAAACAAAGCGCGAGAAGCUGAGCUGCGGCGACUGCGCAAGGCUAAUGUGGAGUUCGAAGAGCAGAAUGCGGUUCUCCAGAAACACAUUGCCGACAUGUUCAGCGCUAAAGAGCGGCUGGAGGCUGAGCUGGGCCAGGAUGAGCUUCGCACGCAAGCUCUACAGCGCCACCUACAGGCGAUCAAACAGACACUGGUCAACAGCCUGGCCACUGUGCCUUUGCCAGGCACGGGUGAGACACCAUCGAUUGGAACGCUGGACUCGUACCUGAGUCGCUUGAGUAGUGCUUUAGAGAGCAGGCCUCAUGAGCAUCGCGUCUUAGUCCUCAAGCUACAAGAGCUCUUAGCUCACCUAGACAGUGAGAAGCUUUGAAAACAUGUCUACAGCUGUGGUGCAUCUAAAUGUCCCAAGCAUUGGGAAGACCUGGGAUCACCAUGCUCUACCUAUGAUUUCUCUGCCUUCCAGGGUGUAAUGGGCCAAACAGUGUAAUUGGAUAUUUUUACUUGCCAAUAAGCUAAUUUGUAACACUGGUGCCGGCGGAUUCUAAACUCAUUGAUUUGUAAUAUAAUGCAUCAUAUUAUUGCUGUUUUGACACUUACAGCGGCUCAUUUAAAGACUUAAGUCCAUUUAGAAUCACGGAAAGCAUGGUUUAAAGGCAUGCUACGAUUUUUACAAGGUAAUAUUGUCUUUACUAAGUUGUAAUGAAAUGAAAAGUGCAUUGUUUUACAUUGGGUGACCUAAACCCUUGCUGCACAGUGCUGUGGAUUGCAAGAACCACAGAGUGAAUUUUCCUCAAAACGUUGAGUAACAUUCCUAAUCAUCAGAUUUUCUGAAUUAAAAUUCUUAAAUAAUGUUUGUUUUUGGUUGCAUUCCCAAGUCAGUCGGCACUGCAAAGGGUGAUGAAUUCUAGCAUUAAAAUAUUUCAGGUCUCAAGAGUUUACACUGCUUUGGUGAUGUACUUGAAUGGAUUUGUUUUUUUUUUGUUGUUUUUUUUUGGAUUGUAUCAAUUAUUUUAAUAUGAAAAAACUUGUGGUGAAAAAAAAAAAUAAAGUCUGGCAAGAAUUUU